GUGCCAGUUUGUCUGUGGCGACAGGUGAGGCUCGAGGGGCUCUUCCAGCAAGGAGGAAAAAAACUGCAGAAAGUGGCGGCGUCAUAUUGACAAGAAUGAGACUGAAACGGGUCGGGUAAUGCAGUGAGCCGCCGUGUAUCAUUUUAGUGCCUGUAUCUGAAGAACAAACAAACUGCUGAGGACAGCAGUCGAAAGAGAAGCGCAGGACUUGCAGUGAUAAUGCAUUGAUCAACUGAAUAUAGAUUAUUCUCUGGCGUUAGAAAGAGCUAAUUAUAUCCUAGUGUGACUGGAAACCUUCUCUCGUUGUAAAAGUGUACAAACGUCCAAUAGAGUGUUUGGGUCGUUACUUUAAAAAAAAAAAUGUUUCCUCUCGCAAUGGCAGGCAGCAGCAGGAACAAAUACUUUCUUUCACUGUUUGCUCAUUUUCUCUGGAUUUCCUUCGCGGCUUCACAGGACGCCAACGACUGCGCCUUCGACGUAGCAGGAGACACCGUGUCCUCCUGCACCAUCAUCAUGAACACGACCGUCUUCGGCGUCAUUCCGUGGAAGAUGGGCAAGGCUGACGGCGCCUAUUUCAUCGGCGGUCCUCCGGUCGACAAGUCCGGAACUGCUACGAGCGGUUAUGGCUUUAUUUCGACGACCGACAUUUUCUUGGCAACGUCCUACCACAAGAAGGCGUGGAUGCUGACGGCUUUUGUGGGCAAUUCGACCGGCCCCACGGGCAAAUGCCUGUCCUUCGCCUACGCCAUGGACGGCCUGAGCAUGAGCUCCUUCAAAAUCAUCCUGCUAACCUACAAACAAGACCCGGAGGAGGUGUUCGAGAACGGGACGUUUACUGGCCCCAUACAGACCCAGAACACGCUCCUCUGGACCCAGAGGGACUUGACAGGGGGCAAAUGGAAGGAUGCCAAGCUUACCUUCACGGCUCCUGGCCCCCACAGCCUCGCCUUCGUUGCCGAACCCAACUUCCAGUACGAGCGAAACAGGGGAUACGUUGCUGUGGACAACAUUAAGUUCACCGAGGGGCCCUGUGGAAACGAGUGUUUAUUCGACUCCAACACCUGUUCCUGGGAAAACGAAGAAGGACAAGACGACUUCAACUGGAGCAUCGGCAGGAGCAGCAGGAAACGCGGCACGGGGCCCUCAAGGGACCAGGCCUCUUCGCUAGACGUCUCCAUCACCACGGGUGGCUACGCCUACAUCGACAGCAGCUAUCCCCGGCGCUCAGGAGACACCGCAAGACUCGUGUCAGGGUUGCUGAACACGACCUCCAAGGCCCUGUGCAUCAAGUUUUGGCUCAACUUGCAUGGAGGUGGGGUGGGAGAUAUCAGGUUACUCUACGCCACAGAAAACAACCUGAAUGUCACCAAAGAGAUUUGGAAACUCUGGAAAGACGAGGGAACAACCAGCUUUGGAACGGACAGUUGGUACCCGUGUCAGCAGACUGUGUCCUCAGACGAACAAUUCAAGCUGACAUUCGAAGCCUCCGUUGGAUUCCCUGGGGCUGGAGACAUCGCCAUUGAUACCAUCACCUUCGCUGAAGGCUCUUGUCCAAGUGUGCCGCCUGGCUCAAACACUGGCUGGGGCGAUUGUAACUUCCUACACGGCACCUGUGGAUGGGAACUCCCUCGGAAGGACACAGGAUCCUGCGCGAUGGUGGAGAGGGUGGCCGAGAGCAGCUACGAUCCACCAGGACAUACCUGGAACGACCUGGACAUCGUCGACAUGUACGUCAAGUUCGACCUCGGGUGUUACAUCAAUCAGGCUCGUGACAAGGCCGUCCUGAAGUCGAAGACCUUCACGAUAGACUCGCCGCAGUGCCUCUCGUUCUGGGUGUUCAUGUUCACCACGCUCGCUACCCAGACCAAGUUUGGGGCGCUGUCUGUUGUAUUGAAUACAGGGGCAGGCAAGAAAAGUAUUAUUUGGCGAUUGCAGAAUGAACAGCAAGCUGGCUGGACUUACUCCCAGGUACCCGUCCCUGCAGGCAGUGGUAUGACAGUGACAAUCGAGGGCACGAAGGGUCCCAAUGUUAUUGGAAUGAUCGGGGUUGAUGACGUUGCAGUGUAUACGGCCGACUGCAAAGUGGAACCUCCACAAGCGCGUGUCGAGGCGGCAGACUGCACCUUCGAUGACGGAUACUGCCAAUACACGAUCAGGAAUCCGGACCAAGAAACUGACGUUCCUUCGCUCAACUGGAGGUUCGCCUACGGAGAUACACUCAACGUCCUCAGGGAUCACACGUUCGAGGCAGAUUUUGGUGGAUUCAUGUUCAUCGAUUCGGUCAAUACUGACCUGAAGAGCCACUUGAGAAGUCCGAAACUGCAGAAGAACACGACCUACUGUUUCACCUUCUAUUAUGCUUCGUUCUACAGCGACAGCGGAGCUGUUCUGUCCGUCUACAGGUACGUGAAUGAGAGAGCCGAAAUUUUAUGGCGGGCGAAUCAGGGCAUCAUCCCAGAAAGACCUGCCAACGACCAGCAGGUGAAGUGGCACUAUGGUCAGAUCGCUCUCGAGGACCAAGCAUCAGACUUCGAGGUGUACAUUGAAGGCCAGGUGCGAGUCGGUGGAUGGGCUAUUGACGACAUUAAAGUAUUUACGGCCGUGACGGAAUGCAAAACUCGACCAGAGGCUGCCGCGCCCAACAGAUUUUAAUCCAUCCUUGGAAUGAAGUGGAGGCCGUGGGAUUCCCGAUAGUGUGGAAUCUCGAGAAUGAGGGGAAUCGCCAGACUACUCCUCGAUCGAAUGUGGAAUUCUGUGGAUUCCUGAUUGAAGUAUUGAUCAUUAAGUUAAUGAAUAUAUUGAGUCACUAGAUAAGUAAUUAGCAAUAUGAAUAGAUAGAAAGGAAACUGUGUAAAUUAAUGACGAAUAAUGUACAUAGGCGAAAUUGAUGUGAUUUAUUACUGAAAAAUAACCUUAUUUUGCUUCUGAUCGAGCACAAAAUUGAUAGAAUAACCACUAGUUGGUCAUUGUUACACUUUCACGCAUAAGAAAAAACAAUGGAAAGAAAAAAUUGAUGUAAAACUUUUAAAAGUAUUAUUAUUGUCAUAAAGUUAUGUA